GAGAACAGCCAUCGCGUGGAGUAGAGAGCUUCGAGGACUUUGAAAUAGACAUGUGCGUCAAGGAUCAAUUGGACGUUGUUCGCCAAUGACAUAGGUAACGGCAACCAGGUGACAAGAAGGACGCACGCAGCCUAACGAUCGACUGAAAAUGGCCAAAAGCGCUGAGAGAUUACCCGGUACUUCCACCAGACUUAGGACCAGGGACGACGGCUGCUGUUCCGUGAAUUUCUUGAAAUACGUUCUUCACAUUUACAACGUGGUGCUGUUUCUGUCGGGACUGGUAGUAGGUGGCAUCGGUAUCUGGACGGUAGCGGCGAAGCACAGCUACGUGUCACUGAUGUCCACGUCGACGUAUCCUACUUUGGCCUACGCCUUGAUCGUCGCAGGUGUACUAGCUGUCAUCGGUAGCUGGCUCGGAUGCGGCGGCGUAACUUCUGAAAAUCGAUGUGUCCUCCUCGUGUACAUCUUCGUGGUGAUGGCGGUGCUCGUUCUGGAGGCCGGAGUCGGUGCCCUGGCACGUCUGUAUGAGGAACAAGUUGGCCCUGAAUUGAAGAUGAAUUUGAAUCGCACCUUCCUCGAGAACUAUGCCGUGCGAUCUCGAGAAACUGCGGCCAUCGACCAAAUGCAGAAAGAAUUCAAAUGCUGCGGUGCCUUGAGAUUCGAGGACUGGCUCGUGAGCGAGUGGCAUAAGGAUGAGGAGGUCCUCAAGAACGGCAGCGUCGUACCUGACAGCUGCUGCAAGACACCGACGUUACUUUGUGGGAAAAGGGAUCAUCCCUCCAAUAUUCAGUACACGGGCUGCAUUUACAAGUUCCUGGAGACGACGAAAGACCACCUGAUAAUCCUGGGCGCUGUCGGGCUCGGUCUAUCUGUCCUCGAGCUCUUCGGCAUCGUUCUCGGCUCCUGCCUUUAUAUAAAGCUCAGGCACGACUUUGACGACUGAGAAUUGCUUCAAUGCCCCGAGGGCAACAACAACGGCCAGUCGUGGUGCAGAUACAUGCAGAACAAUCCGGAGACCGUUUGAUCGUCGGAGUAGGGGCGGGAGGAUGCGCGAUUACAGCCGCGGGAUCGUACAGAUGAAAGGGAACCAUCCUCAACCGCGGGCUCUCGUUCAUCACUCUCUUCCCCUAACGUGUUCAGAAAGGUAUCAACAAGUGAAAAUAGAGGUAACGAUAAAGAAACGGCGCAGUCUCCGUCGAUCGUUGCCUCGCUUCCCGCGAACUUUGCGCAAAUUACGUGAUUACGGACAAUCAAAGAGGGAAGCAAAAGUUCAAAGGUAAAAACCAAUAAAUUGUAAAAAUCGUUCCGACGUCUUGCGGUCUGAAAGCAAAAGGUGCUUCUGAUCAUUGAACACUUGUGCAACGGAGUUGGGUUUAAGACUCGUCUGCAUUACCAACGAUAUUAAAUAGAUCCUUUCAAAGACGGUGCUAUUACAAAGAAAUGAAAGAAAACACUGAAACGUAUCACGAAAAUCGCUUCUGAAAUCGAUCGACUUUGUUCGUGCCUUCGUAAUGAUUUAUUUCGCAAUGGUACCGUCUUUAUUGUAUCGUUUCAGAAUUUUCAUAAGCUCGCAGCAAUGCCAACAGGUUUUAAAUCCGGCUUUAGUGCCUUUUCAAGCAGCGUUCCCACGCAAGAAAUUACAAAGAUAUGAACACACUUUUAAUAAACAAGCAUGCGUGGGCACAUUUGCAGGACCAGUAUAAUUAUCUCGAGUAUGUAUCUAAGGCCUUUCGCGAUCGGCGCAACCGAUCGGUUGCGCGACUCACGACUAGCCAAAACUGUAGUUCUCGUUGUCAAUGGUGUUUGAAUAUUUUCUGUGGUAUUUUCUCCCGAAUAAAAACGAACCUGAAUCCUUUUUUAUAGUGCAUCGUCGGUCCAUUAACGUUAAUUAUCCAGAUAGCCAAAUCUACCAAGAGAAUGUAUCGCAAAUUGUGUGUUGCAUAUUAUGUUAGUAGAUCACUAGCAAAAAAAAACAGCCGAAAUAGUUUAUUGUUUUUCUAAUAUCGGUAGAAAUAUAUUGAAAAAUGAGUAUAGUACCUUGCAUUCCCAGCAAACAAGCUUAUUUGUCGUUAUUCUGGUCAAAUAUUAUUUUGUAUCAAAAUAACGACAAAUAACAUCAGCUUGUUUGCUGAAUUACGACAUCAUAAUGACAAGGUAUGCUCCAUUUCUGAUGCAUUUCCGUUAUUACAUUAUGGUAAAUCGUAAUGGCAGAAAUUAAACUAAAGAGGAUACAAUGGAUAGAAAUUUGCUUUAAAAUCAUGACUGAACUUGCUGGCAACUACUAGCAUAUUGCACUUUGGUUAUCUGGAUACACAAAGUCUAAUCUCCUUUGUCGAACGUAAUAUUUUACAAACUCGACGAAAUUUUGCACGCGCGAAGGCGCUGACUCGAUACUGCCAUUGCAAAUUUGCACAAUUUUCAAUCGCGAUUCAAGUAUACCGAUUGCGCCGUUGUAAAAGCCAUGACAAAAAUGAAACUUGCGCGUUAUGGAAGCCACAUGACCACGUCUGACUUUUCUCGCGGUCUGACAAAAAGAUCUGAUCGAGUGAUGUCAAUUUUCCUACGGUUGGAUCGCACGUCAUCGAGUUUAGUUAACAUGUCUUUUUUUUCAUCUUGGCUCGCACGCACUGCGUCGUUGAAUAAAUAUGAUUGAACGAAUUCAUGCACCUACCGUAAACACGAUGACGGAUCGAUCUGUAUCCGGUGCAGCGUAGACAAGGCGAAAAUCGACUUGAUAGAACUGCAAACAGUGCCUUCAUGAUAUUGUUAAGCUCAGAGAUAUUUUAGAGUACACGUAAAAAAAAAAAAAGAACGUCGUGACAGUGUAAAUUGUUAAUUAAAGAGGAACCAGCGGAGAAGAGGGAAAAGAGAGAGACUUUAGCGUGUAACAAAUUUCACACACAAGCAGCAUGUAUAUAUCCGUUGCUUCGUAAAUGAGUACAAGCCUUUGCACAUUAUUUAUGGAUAAAUACCUUCGUCCGCGUUAAAAAACGAGAGCGCGCCGCUCGAAUCGACAAUUGUAAGCUACAAAAAUUUUCCCACCGAUCGAUAGCCCCUCCCCCCCCCCUCCAUUGUGUCCCACGCGGUAUGAAUUUUGAUACACAUUUAUUUCGCGAUCACAACGGCCGAUCGUUUGAUGAUCAAAAUCUUGCAAUUGCAGAUUCCACCGAUGUCCUCGCACGAGAAAAAGUCCAAACAUAUUUUACUACUGUAUCAUUGGAUCAUAUGUUAUCUUUGCUAAAUACAGACUAAAUAUAACAUCAAUGUUAUAACUUCCUAAUCAAUAAUGUAACUGUUAUGUAUUAAGUGUUACAUCAACGUAUUGAUCAACUAAUUACAUUUUAUAAAUGUAAUUGAUCGACCACACAUGCUUGGUAAAGAAGCCUAUCUAACAUACUAACCAAUAUGUUGAUGCAAUCUGUAAAAUAUCGUAUUAUAAAGUAUCAUAUUACACUUAUAUUGUUGAGAGGGAAGUUAUAAUAUUGAUGUAACGCGCGCGCGCGUUACUGUUAGUUUCUGUUUAGCGGGUUUUAAUCUUAAUAUUAUUGUCCUCUCUUUGCUAUUAUGUAUACAUGUAUUAUCGAUUAGCGUCUA